AUGCCUACCAUCGAGGAGCUCGAUAGCACGGUCCGGGCCUUCUACGAAGGUCGCGGCGAGCAGCAAAAAGCAGCUCAAGCCGCCUUGAACCAGUUCAAGGAAGACCCCGAUGCCUGGCUCAUGGUCGACAAGAUUCUAUCCGACGCGCAGUAUCCCCAGACGAAGUACUUGGGUUUACAAGUUCUUGACAAUGUUAUCAUGACAAGAUGGAAGGUUUUGCCUCGGGAGCAGUGCCAAGGUAUCCGAAACUUCAUCGUCCAGUUCAUUAUCCAGUGUUCCAAUAGCGAAGAGACUUUGCGCGCCCAAAAGACCCUCUUGAACAAGCUCAACCUCGUGCUUGUCUCGAUCCUUAAACAAGAAUGGCCACACAACUGGCCCACGUUCAUCAACGAAAUCAUUUCUUCUUGCCACUCCAGCCUUUCGAUUUGCGAGAACAACAUGAUUAUUCUGCGCUUGCUCUCCGAAGAGGUGUUUGACUACUCAGCCGAGCAAAUGACAUCCACCAAGACGAGGAACCUGAAGCAGACCAUGUGUGCCGAAUUCUCUCAGAUUUUCACGCUCUGCCAAGAGGUUCUCAACUCUGCCAACCAGCCAAGCCUCAUCAAAGCCACUCUCGAGACGUUGCUCCGCUUCUGCAACUGGAUCCCUCUUGGCUACAUCUUCGAGACGCCGCUUAUCGACACCUUGCGAACCCGAUUCUUGUCCGUCCCGGAGUUUCGAAACGUCACGCUUCAGUGCCUCACAGAGAUCGGUGGUCUUCAGACUGGUGGACCUGGACAACCCAACUCAUACGAUGAACAGCUGGUUAAAAUGUUUACUGAGGUUCUAACCACAAUUGCUGACAUUAUUCCGGUCUCGCUCGAUCUCAAGGCUACCUACCCAAGUAGUAACUCCAAGGAUCAAGAAUUUGUCCAGAACCUUGCUCUGUUCCUUUGCAACUUUUUCGGCAUGCAUCUUAAUCUUAUUGAAAACCUUCCCAAUAGAGAUUAUCUUAUUCACGGCCAUUACUAUCUUGUUAGAAUAUCGCAAAUCGACGACCGAGAAGUUUUCAAGAUCUGCCUGGAUUACUGGCUGAAGCUUGUUCAAGAGCUCUACGAGGAGAUGCAGCAGCUUCCAAUUACCGAUCUCAACCCCUUGCUCGCCGUGGGAGGCAUGUCUGGAAGCGGAGCUCCAAACCCGAGUCUUUUGAUGAACUACCCUCUUCGGAAGCAUAAGUACAACGAGGUCCUCUCCAACCUGCGCGUUGUCAUGAUCGAGAAGAUGGUUCGUCCAGAGGAAGUCUUGAUUGUGGAAAACGACGAGGGAGAAAUCGUUCGCGAGUUCGUCAAGGAGGGUGAUACUGUGCAGCUCUACAAGACCAUCAGAGAAUGCUUGGUCUAUCUCACACAUCUGGACGUGGUUGAUACCGAGAACAUCAUGACUGAGAAGCUGGCCCGCCAAGUAGACGGUUCCGAGUGGUCAUGGCACAACUGCAACGUGCUUUGCUGGGCCAUUGGCUCCAUCUCCCUUGCCAUGAAUGAAGAGACAGAGAAGCGAUUCCUUGUCACCGUCAUUAAGGAUCUUCUUGGCCUUACUGAAAUGAAGCGGGGCAAAGAUAACAAAGCUGUUGUCGCCAGUAACAUCAUGUAUAUUGUUGGACAAUAUCCCCGUUUCCUCAAGGCUCACUGGAAAUUCCUUAAGACGGUUGUUAACAAGCUCUUUGAGUUCAUGCACGAGUCACACGAAGGUGUUCAGGACAUGGCUUGCGAUACUUUCAUUAAGAUUGCCAGGCAAUGCCGACGACACUUUGUCGCACUUCAGCCCAGUGAGACAGAGCCCUUUAUUGAAGAGAUUGUACGAAAUAUGGGCAAGAUCACAUGCGACCUUACCCCCCAACAAGUACAUACUUUCUAUGAGGCCUGCGGAUACAUGGUUGCUGCCCAGGGCAACAAGAAUCAACAGGAAAGACUGCUGUCCGAGCUGAUGAACAUUCCCAAUGCGGCAUGGAGCGAGAUUAUCAAGCAGGCUAAUAUGAAUUCUGCGAUCUUGCAAGAUGCUGAGACCAUCAAGGUUAUUGGAAACAUCAUGAAGACCAACGUUUCAGCAUGCUCUUCCACCGGCUCUUACUUUUACCCGCAGAUUGGUCGCAUCUAUCACGAUAUGCUGCAGAUGUACCGUGCCACAAGCUCGUUGAUCUCCGAGGCCGUCGCGCGAGAUGGUGACUUGGCUACCAAGAUGCCCAAGGUUCGCGGUCUGCGUACGAUCAAGAAGGAGAUUCUUAAGUUGAUUGAGACUUAUGUUGAGAAGGCCGAAGACCUACAGGCCGUCAGGGCUCAGAUGGUGCCCCCAUUGUUGGAUUCGGUUCUUGUUGAUUACAACCGAAAUGUGCCAGGAGCCCGAGACGCCGAGGUCUUGAAAGCCAUGUCAACCAUUAUUACCAAGCUUGCUGCGUUGAUGGAAGACCAAGUUCCUACAAUCAUGGAAAAUGUCUUUGAGUGCACUCUGGAGAUGAUCAACAAGGACUUUUCAGAAUUCCCGGAGCAUCGUGUCGAGUUCUUCAACUUGUUGCGAGCUAUCAACCUGCACUGCUUCCCAGCUCUACUUAAACUUGACAACAACCAGUUCAAGUUUGUCAUCGAUUCUUGCUCGUGGGCAUUCAAGCAUGACAACAGAGAUGUUGAAGCUGCUGGUCUUAACAUGUGCUUGGAGCUGAUUACCAACAUUGCUGAAAAGACGGACCCCAACACUGCCAACGCCUUCUUCCAGCGCUUCUUUGUUACUAUCCUGCAGGAUGUGCUCUUCGUUGUAACGGACAAUGACCACAAGGCGGGUUUCAAGACGCAGUCUAUGCUGUUGAUGAAGCUCUUCUACUUCAUCCACCCGGCUGAUGGCACACCGCCGAAGAUUCAAGGACCCAUCUACACACCAGACCAGGCCCAGGUUGGAACUGGUAACCGAGAAUACCUGUCUGCCUCUGUUGCCACUCUAUUACAGAAUGCCUUCCCCAACCUUCAAGCAGCCCAAAUCGCUAGCUUCGUUGAGGGAUUGUUCACUCUGAACACACAGUAUGACAAAUUCCGACUCAACCUCCGCGACUUCUUGAUUUCCCUGAAGGAGUUUGCUGGAGAUAACGCCGAACUGUUCAUUGUGGAGAAGGAGCAACUGGAGCGCGAUGCCCGGGCUGCCGAUAUGGAGAGGCGACAAAAGGUCGGAGGACUUGUGAAGCCGUCAGAUCUGGAUGACGAAGAGCUGUGA